GUGGCAAUCACACGCUGAUUUUUCUCGACUAAUCACAAAGACAUUGGCACCCUUUAUCUAGUAUUUGGUGCCUGAGCCGGCAUGGUCGGUACAGCCUUAAGUUUACUCAUCCGAGCAGAACUAAGCCAACCCGGGGCUCUCCUGGGAGACGAUCAAAUUUACAACGUAAUCGUUACAGCACACGCGUUUGUAAUAAUUUUCUUUAUAGUAAUGCCAAUUAUGAUUGGAGGAUUUGGGAACUGACUCAUCCCUUUAAUGAUCGGAGCUCCCGAUAUAGCAUUCCCUCGAAUGAAUAAUAUGAGCUUCUGACUCCUCCCUCCUUCAUUCCUUCUACUCCUAGCCUCUUCGGGUGUUGAAGCCGGAGCCGGGACAGGUUGGACAGUUUACCCGCCUCUGGCCGGCAACCUCGCCCACGCAGGAGCAUCCGUAGACUUAACAAUUUUCUCCCUUCACUUAGCUGGGAUCUCCUCAAUUCUAGGAGCUAUUAACUUCAUCACAACCAUCGUCAAUAUGAAACCCCACGCCGUUUCCAUGUACCAAAUUCCCCUGUUUGUCUGAGCUGUCCUUAUCACGGCUGUACUCCUACUCCUAUCACUUCCAGUCCUAGCCGCCGGUAUUACAAUGCUUCUUACAGACCGAAACUUAAACACUGCCUUCUUUGACCCAGCUGGAGGAGGGGAUCCCAUCCUUUACCAACACCUGUUUUGAUUCUUUGGCCACCCUGAAGUUUACAUUUUAAUUCUCCCCGGGUUCGGAAUAAUUUCUCACAUCGUUGCCUACUACUCUGGUAAAAAAGAACCUUUCGGCUACAUGGGCAUAGUAUGAGCUAUAGUUGCCAUCGGACUACUAGGCUUUAUUGUAUGAGCCCACCACAUGUUCACAGUCGGGAUAGACGUUGACACGCGUGCAUACUUCACAUCCGCAACCAUGAUUAUCGCCAUUCCCACCGGCGUUAAAGUCUUCAGCUGACUUGCAACUCUCCACGGUGGCAGCAUCAAAUGAGAGACCCCUCUCCUUUGAGCCCUCGGUUUCAUUUUCCUAUUUACAGUCGGAGGACUAACAGGAAUCGUCCUAGCCAACUCCUCUUUAGAUAUCGUCCUUCACGAUACCUACUACGUAGUAGCCCAUUUCCACUACGUCCUAUCUAUAGGAGCCGUGUUCGCCAUUGUUGCCGGCUUCGUUCACUGAUUCCCUCUAUUUACAGGCUACACCCUCCACGACACAUGAACAAAAAUCCACUUCGGGGUUAUGUUCGCAGGUGUAAACCUUACUUUCUUCCCCCAGCACUUCCUAGGCCUGGCCGGAAUACCUCGACGGUACUCGGACUACCCUGACGCCUACGCCCUCUGAAACACAGUCUCCUCAAUUGGCUCUCUAGUCUCCCUCGUAGCAGUAAUCAUGUUCCUUUUCAUUAUCUGAGAAGCAUUUACCGCAAAACGUGAAGUUCUUUCGGUAGAAUUAACCGCAACAAACGUCGAAUGACUCCACGGCUGCCCGCCGCCUUACCACACAUUCGAAGAGCCGGCUUUUGUUCAAGUCCGAUUAAACUAA